AUGUCUCGGCUGAACAGCAGAAGCGUAUUCGAGGGGAACUCCACAGGUUCGCACUCGGUGCCCUAUUCCCGAGUAGAAAGUCGAGCUGGGAGUUCGGCUUCGAGUCCUCGGCUACAAGUCCGAGGACGGCGACUGCCGGAGGACGAAUUGACUGUAGUAUAUGACCUUCGUCAUGAGGCUCCAAAGGUUCCCUAUAAUCCACCGCGCAUGAGUUCAAGGGUCCCAGAGAGGGCUACAUACCACCAUCACACUUUUUCUCAUCCUCCCGAUAUUGCAUCGCAUUAUUUCAGGUCUCCGCCCAUACCACCCACUAUUGACGUACCACUGCACUCUGCACGGCUAUCGCCGCUACUUUCGGCCAUUCGACAUCCGUACUAUGCAAAUCCCGUUUCAGGACACACCUCUCCUACGUACGCGGGCUCGCGUCCUCCCUCUGGAGCUGGUACCCCGCCAUACCCGGUAUAUCCUCCAUACACAACGACAUGCGGAUACUGUCAUUCGCGUAUUCCGUGGGAUGGGUUCGUUUCUCCAAUCCACCCUCGCCCCGUUCCGGGCUUUUCUACCCCGUUAUUGCAGGAUGAAUAUAUUGUGCCUGCGCCGAUGCAUUCGUCAUUCUCCAACCCAUCGUUUCCAGACACGACGGAGCCAUUACCAAAAACCCGUUUGACGCAGAGUGAGCGUUCGUAUGAGAGCUCGCAGGACUCACAUUUGCCUCCUGCUAUUAUUUCACGAAAUAUGGUCUUCGGGAGUAUCGACCUGACUCAUGAACGCAUCCGUCAGACGCCGAACGCAAAGGAGGCUACGAGAAAAGAAGGCAAGAAAUCCAUUGAGCGAAUAGCGGAACAGUUCUCUGGCUUUUAUAUUGGUAUUCCACCUGGCGAACCAGUGCCACCUCGUCAAGGACAUAGAAAACAUUCGACCAAGAGUCUUUCGAGGCCUUCUGCGAGUCCCGUAGCGGAAGCUACAGACAAUGUGAAGGCAAUCGAUGGUGCACCCCAGGAAGGGUGUAAAGUGGUCGACGAACAACCGAAUACUGCUGUUGGGGAAGAUGUUUCAGCACCUGGUAAGAAGUGGGUGUUCGGAACGACAGCGAAGUUUGACAGGCUGAACGAAGCUAGUUCACUGGAGGAUUCACGGAGCACGUCAUCCGAGCCCCCACCUCCACCCGCUGAACCUGCGCAAUCAGUCGCUCUUCUACCUGACCAGCACCCGCCUGCCGCGACAUCCGUGGCGCAGCCCCCUAGCAAUGAGAAACCUGUCACGUCGCCACUUAGUGAAACACAGAAUGGACCUUCAAUGAUGAAGUCUGAGGACGGUUCUACGACGAGCGACGUCUGGGAGGUCAAGGAUUACGGAUAUGGAUUCGGCGACGUGAGUGGUACAGAUAAUGCCACCGACGUCAUUCGCCGCGCCAAGGAGGCUCGGGAGAGGCAGCGACAGCUCGAGUGGCAGAAGGAGCAGGUACAGAUACAGCUGCAGAAGGAACAGGAACUACAACUUGGAGUACAGGAGAUCCAUACCCAGCACACGUGGCAGGAGGCACAUGAAGAGCGAGAACUGUGGGACCAAGUCAAAGAGUUUGGACGUGGGCGACCCCGUCGAGGCUCUUGGGUUAAUUCGCAUGGGCCGCACGAACGGGGCGCUUAUGGUGGUCGAAGAGCGCGAGGAUUCGGUGGUCGCUACCAAGGGCGAAAUCCUGGCCGUGGGGGUUACCACCACCAGCAACGAUCUUCCAUAUCUUCUCUCACGCCACCUCCACAGUUUAAUCCUUUGCCGCUACCUGGUGCCGGUUAUAUGAACGGUUACGUCCAGAUACCAUCUUAUACACCUCCCGAUUACGAAUUAUACCACCCCGUUCCAGUCACCAUACCUGUGAAUGGUGCAGUUCCCAUCCCUAUGCCACAGUCGGCAUUACCGUUUCCUUCGGACACGACACGGUCAUGUCUUCUUACCCAGUUGGAGUAUUAUCUGAGCUCUCAGAACAUGGCACAGGACUUCUUCCUCCGGCAGCGGAUGGAUGAUCAGGGAUGGAUACCCAUUUCACUGAUAGCUUCAUUCAACAGAGUAAAAAGGCUCACCACAGAUGUCAAUCUCGUGCGCGAUGUACUCAACCUGUCUAGCCUGACUGAGGUCAAGGGUGAUUAUGUUCGGAUGACCAGGGAGCAGUGGAAGCAGUUCGUCUUACCCAAUGCUCCAAGGAGCAUUGUAUGCCAUCCGAUUGAAUCUGAGGCAACAGAGCCUCAGGACGAUCAGGUCGCUUACGCCCAAGUUCAGGAUGGUGAAAUAGAAGAAGAAGGCGAUACAUAUGGGGAGGAUGACGACGACGAAGACAUUGUCUUUGUCAUUGGCGAAGAGGCAGAAGGCUCAUGGGCGCCAGAACGACGACCAGCAGCAUUGGAAAGCACUUGA